CCUACCUCUUCACCCGCCUUUUCUCACUCUCACCGUUACUUUUGGAUCAAAUCGUCACUCGCUUCGUUUUGUUCCUCUCCAAAUCAACCCUCAGAAAACACCGCAACCAUGAAGUCGUUUGCUGUCGUCGCCGUCGCCCUGGCCACUCUGGCCGCUGCCCAGAGCCUCUCUGACAUCCCCUCGUGCGCGCUGCCCUGCCUCGACGACGCCGUCAAGGCGUCCACCAGCUGCGAGACCACCGACAUCCCGUGCGUCUGCAAGGACAUGGAAAAGGUCCAGGGUGCCGCCGCAGGCUGCAUCCUCAGCAAGUGCGGCCAGGAUAAGGCCCUGAACGAGGUUCUGCCUGCCGCCAAGAAGCUCUGCUCGGCCGCCGGCAAGAACACCUCGUCGGGCUCUUCCAAGCCCACCAAGAAGCCCAGCGGCACGGCCACGGCCACGGCCAGCCCUACCGUCACGGUCCCCACGCAGCAGCCCUCGACGACGGCCCCUACCGGCCCGCCCACCGUCACCGCCGGCGCCGCUGCCUUCGCCCCCGUCGGUGGCCUGGCCGCCCUCGUCGCCGUCCUGGCCCUGUAAGCGGUAUCAGCCUUACGGGAUGAAACUGCUCACGGGACGUCACGGAUCGGAGCCGGCUUAUGGAGAC